UGAUAAUAUAACGUUGUAAAUCACGUGCUAGUUUGAUGUAGCGUGAGGGAACACAAGCUCUACACCAUGGACAAGACUUCACUCAAGUGUUUCAGGGCAAUGUUGGCCGGUAUUUUCCUUUUGGCUCUCUUUGGAACGGCACGAGCGGCCCUAAAUAUAAUGGGGAUGCCGAUGUCCGUUCACCCUGUGGGAGAUGUUAUGGACUUUUCAAUGGGAAAAAAACAGCGAUGCAGAAGAGCAAUGUGAUGAUGACGAUGGCGAUGGCCCAGAUAAGGAAAAAGAAGGCUCUCCUGGGGCCUGCUUGGACGUGAAGCCUUCAGCCUGGACACUCAGUAACAUGUACCGAGACCAGCCUCUGUAUAUGAACUUCAGGCCGAGGACCGAAGAAGCUAUGCUCAUAGACAAUAUUUGCUACACAUUCUUCCCACUGCCGGACGAUCAGUUUACCUACGUUAUGUACAGUUCUACUGUCUACCGGGAUGGUUCUAAUCUUAUUGAAUCUGACAUUGUGACUGAUGUCCAGCUUGGUAUCUUCAGAGCUGCAAGUCCAUACUGUACUUAUAAGGAUCACGUACUUGGAUACGCUGGCUGUGACACGUUCGUUAUGUACAGAUGUUAUCUCUCUAAUGAUUGCAGAAGCAAAGUCGCCUUGUACACGUUCGGUCUGUCCCAAAGCUGCAAGCAGAUCUCCAUCUCUUGUUUGCAAAAAAUCGAAGACAUCAUCCAAGGCAACGGCAUCCCAGAACAAGACUACGUUGCUCUCCCCAUGCGAUUGCCAACUAAAUGUGUGUUUGAACCUGUGUGCACAUUCCAAGAAGAAGUUGAGUUCUUCAACACAGUAGGGUUCACCGAGCUUAGCAUUCCUACAGAAGUCUUCACUUUACAAGAAGAAAUUAUUCCCAUUAUCGAAGAAGUAGAAGUUAUUGCUCCGGUUAUACCAACCUCGCCCGCUCCAAUUCCGUUCCGUCCUGAUUACAUCGGCUACCCAUACAGUGGCUACGAUAACUUCUAUCCAAGAUCAGGAUAUCGAAACUUCAACCAUUACAGCCCCUAUUACUAACCACAAAACAUCAUCGUCUAUCACCAUAAUUUAAGCAAUAAACUAAAACAAAAUCAAACUACUUAUUAAUUUACCAAUCUAAACACUAUCAAGAGUUUCUUUUGGUUUAGUGCUGAGUUCGUCCAGCACAUAAUUUACGGACUCCUUGAGUUUAUGGGCUCAUACGCAGCAUAGAAUAUCAGAGAAAAUUGCAAAAUGGACCUUCUAGAGACGUAUACGUAAGUUAGAUAGAUUCUAAUACAUAAAUAAUUGUACUACUCUUACUGAAAUAUCUCCAAAGAAUGUGUAAUCCUGAAGCUCUAUAGGCGUACUGUUCAAAUUAUUUCCUUACUAAUUAAAAUGUAUCCCCAUAUUGUUAAUUUAUAUUUUAUAAAACAAGGGUGUAACACAACAUAUGUUUUAAUUACGUCAAGAAAUGUACAAUCUACUCAUGCAAAUAAACACUUUAAGUAAUAACACGAA